AUGAUGAUGAUAAAACAUUGGAACCGGUUGAUUUUUUGCGGUUUGGUUGUUGACCACCUACAUAAAUCAGCAUUUUACCUGCAAAGCAAAAAGUACAACAUUGAUCAGGAAACCUACGGCGAGGAUCCGUACUUCAGUGGAGUUUUAGCAACUCAUUUCGUGUAUGGUCUACAGGGUAAUAACACUAGAUAUAUCCGAGCUAACGCGGGCUGUAAACAUUUUGAUGUUUAUGCUGGUCCUGAAAAUGUUCCAGUUUCCAGAUUUUCAUUUGAUGCCAAGGUUUCUGAACGAGACUGGAGAACAACCUUUUUACCACAGUUCAGAGCUUGUGUAGAGGCUGGUACUUAUAACCUCAUGUGUAGUUAUAAUAGUAUCAAUGGAGUCCCAGCCUGUGCUAAUAAAGAACUGUUAACAGAUAUAUUGAGAAAUGAAUGGAAUUUUACUGGGUAUAUAAUCAGUGACCAGGAGGCUAUAGAAAAUAUUAUAUCUCAGCAUCACUAUCUGAAUAGCACAAUCGAUACAGUAGCAGCUUGUGUCAAUGCUGGAUGUAAUCUAGAACUGUCUUCUAAUGAGGCUGAUCCUGUUUAUUAUUCCCUAGUUGAUGCUGUAAAGCAAGGUAAACUAAGUGAGGAUGUGGUACGAGAACGAGUAAAGAAGUUGUUUUAUACCAGGAUGAGAUUAGGCGAGUUCGACCCACCAUCUCUCAAUCCUUACAGUAAACUGGACGCCAAGGAUGUCCAAACUCCACAGCAUUUUCUUCUAGCUCGAGAAGCUGCUGUUAAAUCUAUGGUUCUAUUGAAAAAUACUGUGGAUUAUUUACCUCGUUCACAACUUGGAAAAGUUGCCCUUGUUGGACCAAUGGCUGACAACAUUCAACAAUUAUUUGGUAGUUAUAGUCCAACAGUCUUUCCUGCAGUAACCAAAACACCUCUACAAGGUUUCCAGGAAAUAACGUCAGUGGCAUAUGGUGCGGGAUGUAAAGAUAACAGAUGUACUAAAUAUUCGAGUUCAGAAAUACAACAAGCUAUUACUGGAACAGAUGCAGUUUAUGUCUGUUUGGGAACAGGUCAAGAGUUGGAAAGUGAGGGAAAUGACAGACAUGAUUUGGAAUUAUUUGGAUAUCAGAAACAACUACUCUUAGAUGCGGUGAAAUUUGCCAAUGGUAAACCAGUUGUGUUAUUAUUAUUCAAUGCUGGACCAUUAAAUAUAAGUAUAUUUGACAGUAUGGACAGUGUUACUGCUAUAAUAGCCUGCUUCUUCCCGGCUCAAGCUACUGGAGAUGCUCUGUUGGAUAUUAUAACAGGGCGACAUGGUACUGUUCCCACUGGAAGACUUCCGGUCACAUGGCCGAUGACAAUAAGUCAGGUGCCACCAAUAACUGACUAUACUAUGGUUGGAAGAACAUACAGAUAUUUUCAAGGUGAACCACUCUAUCCAUUUGGUUAUGGUUUAUCAUAUACCAGAUUCACCUAUUCUCAGUUAAAGAUACCACAGUAUAUUGUAGCUGGUACAGACUUGGUUGGGUCAUUCUUUAUUUCUAAUACUGGAUCUUUAACAGCCGACGAGGCAGGAAUAAUUGGAAUUCAGUUACAAGAAAAGGUUGUCUUUUGA